AUGCUCUCUUCUCUAAUCCUAAUCGUCACCUUUUCUUCCUUUGGCCAUCACCAUUUUCAUCACUCCUCGUCGUCAUCAACUUAUCAACCUGGUUUGUUAACGUUAUCACAAAUUCCAAACCUCAAGAAUAUCAAUUUUGUUAGAAACAAAUUCAAGUGGAGAGAUACCAAGACUGGAAUGAAGUAUUGCAUUACCUGUCGUGUAAUGGUGUUGGGACCAAAGGUUCAAAGGGAGGAAGUUGAUGUUGCGACAGAGGAAGCGAUAAAUGAGGAGGAGAAACGUGAUGUUGGUAGAUCUUGGUGUUGCAUAGGUUCUUUGUUAAUUGAAGAGAUAAUUGGUGAAAUGUUGUCUUAA